CUGUCAUUAAUUAUCACAACAAAUCUAUUUUAUUUGCACAGGCAAGCACCGACAACAAUGUACCGUUCAGGCAAUGUUCGCCUUGCCAAUACAAUAUAUAAAUGUUUUUGUACGUAUUUCAUGUUUUACGUAACUAUUUCUGCUUCCCAAAAUGUGACCAGUGAUACCUCCACUUCUGUCGAACCACAGCAGCCAAGCCUGGCGUCUGUGCGAGAGGUCGUCGAGUUGACCGUCCCGGUUGCCUUGAGACCGAACGAUAUCAACGAUUAUCGCGAGAUCGUCCUGCAGCCGUACUCGAAUACGCGCAUCCACCUGAGCAACUAUUCAAAAAAUGCUGGCGAUCUGGUUGGCUACGCACUGGUGCAGCUGCACGCCUUCGAGUACAAUGUUACGCUCAGCUACAACAGCUCCAUCGUGGAUGGGGGCCAUCUUUCGGGCCAGAAUGUUGGCUUGCUGAUGUACGGGGAUGGUGAUCUGUACGCGUUCAAUUUGAAUACUCAUCAACCAGUGUGGGUUUCGUUGGUGCUCAUGCUGUACAACAGAUCGGCCCCGGUACCGGGUGGAUGCAAUCUCGAAUUUCCGGUCGAAAUCUCACCCGUCCUCAAUCUAACCCUCACGCCGGAAGUCAUCAUUGUGGACACGCCGGCUGCGGCAGUCGCCAAACCUUUCCAGGGCACUCCGAAUGCGUGCGGGAAGGCACGGUUGGAAUAUGAGUCCUACUACUACAUCAUGCCUACGCACGAUUUCUCCCAACGGGCCUAUUUCGCUGCAAUUAAUAAGCUGAUUAGCUAUGCCAACGCCAAAGUGCAGGGACGACAGAAUGCUUUGCACGCACCGCUGUUGCUGAAUCGACACACCUACGGCAGAUUGACUGGUCGCGGGAUGGUGUUCGUAACCGCUGUGAUCGAUCCCGUGCACCGAGGAUUUGCUCUUUACGUUCCAACCCACACGUACUCGUGUAAGCCAUUCAUAGAACCGGCGGGAUGCUACGGUUUGAACAUUCCCUAUCGUGUACUCGCCAUCAUACUGACGAUUAUUGCCGUACUAGAAGUUAUCAUGGGAUAUUUACCGCUCGUGGUCAAAUGUUCUGCCUCGCUAGGUUUCCUGGCUGUUGUGGGUACGGUGGAGGCGUUGAAUAUGCUUGACAAGCCGCUGGCACACGAAUGGCUUAUAACAUGUUUGGUCGGCGGGGCAAUUGUAGGAGCCGUGGUAGGGUUGCUUCUCGGACUGUACGCUCCCGUGGCCGGCAAAAUAUUCUGCUCAAUGCUAACUGGCUACAUGCUCUGCUUAAUCCUGUUCGGUAUGAUAAAUGGAAAUUUCUACACAUUGCGUAAUGUUUCGUGGUACAUCGCAUUGGGAGGUGUAUUAAUCGGUGCCGUACUUAACAUUACCUUGCCGAUCAUACUGAUCACCCGCUCGGUCAUCUUUGGUACGGUCUUUAUUUUCUAUGGCGUUAAUACAAUCGUUGGUGCCCGUUUGGACUACCCGCUGCGGCACUUUAUCCGCCGACUGUACGUGGAAAACUAUGAACGUGUUCACUCGGAUCCAGCACUGGAUGAGAACGAUUUUGUUGCACUGGCGGCCUUCGCUAUCAUCAUGCUGGUGGCACUGUUUCUACGCUCCCGUUAUCAAUCGGACGAGGUGCAGGGUGAUUAUUCGCGCUUUGAUAUUCCCUGCCAGCGGGGCCCAGCGAACGGCGACGACGAGGAUCGCAUAGAAAGGAGUACGGUAAUAGCGGCAGACGAUACGGCGGCAUAUCAGCGUUUCGUAAACGAACAGCCCAUCAUCACACGAUGGACCAAUGGGGACGAUGAUGUGUUUGAAUCUCCCGAAAGUAAUUCACGAUUUUAUCGGCUGCUCAAACGGAACGCUAGAAGAUAAAAAAAACACAAUUAUUAUACAUUACCGAAAGGUAGCAUCAUCCGGUAGCUUUACAGACAUUACAACCUACAGAACAUUACAGGCGGGUAAGAAUAGCGUCUACAACUGAUCUGAAUCUAGAAACUUGCGCUGAUGGAAGUAAGUUCAAUAGGUCUAUGCAAUUAAAUGGUUUGCGUGUUUUUUGCAGAGCAAAUGUAAAGCAAGUAGUUCAAAAACUGCAACAUUGAAUCUUAUAGGUAUAAGCAAAAACUACCAAAACGUAAAUAACGUGUCUUAUUUAUGCUAUACUUUGUACGUCGUGUAGAGUGUAUCAUUGAUUGGCAAUGCAAAAUGAAAAUUGGCAUAAAAUGUGAUACACGAAACCGUCUUUAUGGCCAUUCCAAAAAAUGAAUGUAUUUUUUCACGACAAUAAUAUAGAACUAAGGAUUCUAACUGAAGUAUGGCCAAUAUACGACUUGAUAUAGUGUGAUAAAAAUAUCCGAUGUUUUUUUUUGUAGA